CUUGUCACACAAGUUCAAUAAAUUUAUCAAAAACACUGAAGCUGAAAAAGUACCCGAAAAUUGUGCUGUGUGCAUCGCAAGGGUAUUUCUGGGCAUUCCUGCACAUCUCAGUGACUGUACGUAGUACCCGCGGGGGUGCAUUGGGGUAGAAAGUGUGCGAAAAUUCAUGUGAAAAAGUCCGUGUGCACAGGGAGAGACUCAAUGAGAGAAUUGAUUGAUUUUUUCUCUUGUUGUUAUUUCGCCCCGUGAAGGUAAAAAAUAAAAAUUUAGAGAAAUAUGUGUACACUGCUGCACUCCCGCAAUUUCGGGGGUUAAACCACAACACAUUGUGGGGGUGAGUGCAUUACGGGAAGUGUUGGGGGCAGAGUACGCCGAGUUGUAGUUGGGACACAAUGUCGGACGACGGGGCGGACACGGAGAACGAGAAGGACAUCCGGCGAGGAUUGUAUGUCAUUCAAAGUAUGAUUGACAUUUCUGCAGAUAGGCUCGAGGGUUUGCGGACGCAGUGUGCAACAAGUGCAGAAUUGACGCAGCAGGAGAUUCGAUCGCUUGAGACGAAGCUCGUGAAAAUGUUCACGGACUUACUACUCACCAAGGCCAAGUUAUCGGAGAGACUACCACGUGGACUCACAGCUACGGGAGCAGAGCUGCGUCAGUGGUUGAGAGUUGUUGGCCUCAGUCCUGACUCAUUGAAUGUUGUACUGCAGCGUGUGAGCACCCUGGAGACGCUGCUUGAGAAGAGUGAACUUGAACUUCGUGCCAUCCUCCACGAUAACGCCAAUGUGCGCGACGAAGAGGUCAGACGCCUCAUUCGUGCCAUGUACAACCUCAAGCAGUGUCGUCAAGCCAUCACUUGUGGCUUUCCAGAGCCAACAGACCUCUUCUGGGAUUCGUGGGAUCGUCAGCAUCAGGCACACCCCCGCUCUGGUGCAUCCCCACGCACAGGACGCUCCAAUGCACGUUUCAACCCGCAGCAGGCACGACUUCAGACAUCUGACAGCACAGUCCAGAGUCCCGUGGAGAUUUCACCACCAGAGACUGGCAACUACGGUACAACAUCCCCCGAGGAGAGUUCCACCACGGUAAGCACACUCACACCAUCCCCAUCUCCUCCAAGUUCCCCUUCCGUUCUCCUAAGUCAAACAAAGAAGCGCGGAGUAUUCCCAACGACUCCACCAGCAAAGAAGAAACACACCACGAAUCUACAGCCCGGAGCCAAUGCCGUCAAUGCCAAUUCUGUCUCAACACCACCAAGUGGCGAUCAGACGCCAAUGCCAAAGUCCCGAAGCCACGAGUCACAAUUGCUGGUGACCUCAGGAUCAGAGAGUGGCAAUACCCAAGUCAAUAGUACAACAACCACAGCCAAUAGCAAGCCACGAUCUCGCCUCCAUACAGAACCCGGUCCCGGUGAUCACUCCGGAGACAUUGCCGUAGAGAAUUGCUCGCCCGUGAUGAAUAAUCUCACAGUGCCACGUUCCCCGCUAACACCAGUUCUCAUCAAUCCCACCAUGGGGCACGAUAUACCGCACCAUUUCACGAAGAACUUCAAAAUGAUGACUGUAACGUGCGACCUUUGCGGGAAGCCCAUGUUCUUUGGGCUCAAAUGCAAAGAAUGCAAGUAUCGCUGCCACAAGGACUGCGAACCAUCCGUACCACCAUCGUGUGGGCUACCCCCGAAGCUCUUCAAGGCGAUAAAUCCAUCUCCAAAUAUGAAUCGCACCGCUGGCGGUGUUCCACGUCGUGUGCACCAGCAACCCGGCUACCAUGGGCCAGACUCCAGUUCCGCUGGCUCAAGUUGCAACAGUUCCAGUCCCUCUAGUCCAGCCCUUCUCAAUCUCCCGCCCCAGACACCGGGAUCAUCGAAGAAUCAAUUCAGUUUCCCGGAAGUGCCACAGAAUCAUCAUCACCACCACCACCAUCAUCUCCAUCAUCACCAGCGACUGAACCAUACAAAUGACAUGAAUCGCACGAUGGAGACCAAAAUCCACGUACCUCCGCUACCCAGUUCUCCGCGUCCUACACUCUCUGAGCUCGCAGAUACACACCAAAGCAACGAUAGUGACAAAACAAUCUCUCUCAGUGGCUCCACGAGUGCCAGUACAGACUCAGAUCGCACUCCCAUUCGUCUUGAUUCAACGGAAGAGCGAGAUUCAGGGCACUGGCCACGGCAGAAUAGUCUUUCGCUUAAGGAAUGGGACAUCCCAUAUGAUGAUCUUCAUUUGCUGGAGAAAAUUGGAAAGGGACGCUUUGGGACUGUUCAUCGGGCACUGUGGCAUGGAGAUGUGGCUGUGAAGCUCCUCAAGGAGGACUACUUAGACGAUGAUCGCACCCUGGAGGCAUUCAAACUCGAAGUGGCAACAUUCAAAAAGACCCGCCAUGAGAAUGUUGUUCUCUUCAUGGGUGCAUGUAUGAAGCCCCCACGCUUGGCUAUUGUCACCAGUUUAUGCAAAGGGAACACCCUGUAUACCCACAUUCAUCUCCGAAAGGAUAAGUUCAACCUCAAUAAGACGACACUUGUGGCACAGCAAAUAUCUCAGGGAAUGGGCUACCUCCACGCUCGUGGCAUUGUGCACAAGGAUCUCAAGACAAAGAACAUUUUCCUGGAGAAUGGGAAGGUGAUCAUAACGGAUUUUGGCCUCUUUAGCGCCACAAAGCUGCUGUACUGUGAUCUAGGACUUGGCAUUCCCACUGGAUGGCUGUGCUACCUGGCACCCGAGCUCAUACGGGGUCUUAGGCCCUACCGCCCAACGGACGAAGAUCUCCCCUUCUCAAAGGCAUCGGAUGUCUUUGCCUUCGGCACUGUUUGGUAUGAACUCCUCUGUGGUGAGUUCCCAUUCAAAUCCCAACCACCGGAGGCAAUUAUAUGGCAAGUGGGGCGCGGUAUGAAGCAGACACUGGCCAAUUUGCAAGCAUCACGCGACGUCAAAGACAUCCUUAUGGUGUGCUGGUCGUUUCAGGCGGACGACCGGAAGGACUUUGCAAAUUUACUAACACUCCUCGAACGACUGCCCAAAAAACGCCUGGCCCGCAGUCCAUCGCAUCCAGUUCAAUUAUCCCGUUCCGCAGAGUCUGUCUUUUAGGAAAAACCCAAACCACUCCACCCUACUCCGUCACACAAUCCCCAUCCCUUCACCCAAAUGUGCAUACAUAGUGUAAUUUGAAGGGAAGAUUAUGCAUGAAAGAAAAACAUGUAAUAUUGUCUAUAUUGUUUCAUCAUUAAAUACAGACCUAUACAAAAAAUACUUUCGCAGUAAUUGCGCAUUUUUUGUUUUCAAUUAAGUAAUAUAUUAAAAUUAUGAAUUUAUCAAUUUAAAUUUUGGAAAAGAAAAUUAUAUAAAAUCUUAAUCAAAAUAUGCAGAAAAAAAUUAUUUAAGAAAAAAUAAAUAUUUCUGUCAAAGGAGCCCAUGCGCUUGAUAUGGGCGAAGUACCUAAUUGAAGGAAACGCAGAAAACAAUUUUAACCCACCCAGUCUUGUAGGGAAUCAAAAAAGGGUAAAGAAUCGCCAAAAAUAUUCACCAUUUUCCACUGGGGUCACAACGAAAAAAGGCAAUAAAGUUUUGUAAAAAUUCAAAAAAAUUGACCGCCAUUCGCCAUUUUGUCUCUUUCAAUGCAUCAAGCAGAUGUUUCAAUGCUUCGUCAUGAGCUUGUCGAUGGGAGUUUGACAUUUCAUUCAUUUUUUUUGGGAGAAAAUAAAAAAAAAAUUGCGUAUUUUUUAGUUUAAUUAUCGUGGUAAAUGUGUUUUACGUGUUGUUCAAGAGUGAUUUUUAUAUCUGAAUACCUGAAGGAUGAAUUCCCGUACAGCUUGUGACCGUCUCAGCGAGCACAUCAUUGGUCGUGGAAAAGGUCUUGGGAAAGGUGGUGCCAAUAAACAUCGUGAGGUUUUGCAUGACAACAUCCAGGGAAUCACAAAACCAGCAAUCCAUGGUCUUGUCCGUCGUGGUGGUGUGAAACGCAAAGGAUUCCAGCGCAGAGGAUCUCUCAAUUCGUGAAAAAGCCAUCUUCAAGACGAUCCACGACCAAUGUUUUUGGAUUGCUUUGCUUUGUAAUGAGAGAUGUGCUCGCUGAGACGGUCACAAACUGUGCGGGAAUUCAUCCUUCAGGUAUUCAGAUAUAAAAAUCACUCUUGAACAACACGUAAAACACAUUUACCACGAUAAUUAAACUAAAAAAUAUGCAAUUUUUUUUUAUUUUCUCCCAAAAAAAUGAAUGAAAUGUCAAACUCCCAUCGACAAGCUCAUGACGAAGCAUUGAAACAUCUGCUUGAUGCAUUGAAAGAGACAAAAUGGCGAAUGGCGGUCAAUUUUUUUGAAUUUUUACAAAACUUUAUUGCCUUUUUUCGUUGUGACCCCAGUGAAAAAUGGUGAAUAUUUUUGGCGAUUCUUUAUCCUUUUUUGAUUCCCUACAAGACUGGGUGGGUUAAAAUUGUUUUCUGCGUUUCCUUCAAUUAGGUACUUCGCCCAUAUCAAGCGCAUGGGCUCCUUUAAACCAAUAAUAUAAACUUCUAAAUUAAUCUUCUCAUUGCGAAGUAUUUUUUGGAUAUAAAUUUGCAUUUAGACGAUAUCUACUUGAGGAUGGAGGGACUGGCUCUCCUUAUCAAAUAAAUUCAACAACAAAAAAAUGGGAGAAUAUUGUAACUUACACAGGAGAGGUAUUUUAUCAAAUAUUGAGUGGUAAAAAAAACUAUGACUAGUUUUAUAUACAUAUAACUUAAUUGCUAUUAAAUAAGAUUUAGAAAUUGUGAUUUUGUCAUUCUUCAAUUAAAAAAAAACUAUCAAGAAGAAUAAAAAUUAAUGAAAUUGCUGUAUUACAACAAAGAAUAAACGAAAAGAUGAGGAAAAGAACUUUUCCAUCUCCUCACAGCAAAAUCCUUUCAAACAUUUUCAUUCUGUUUGUGUAAAUACUUUUAUGAAAAUCUUGUACAAUAUAUUAUUGAAAAUUAUAAUGAUAAAAAAAAGAUAAAAAAAGCAACCCUCUUGUGGGUUUUGCUCUUUUUAAUGAUCUUUCUAAAAUUGAUCAAAAUGAAUUUGUUGGCAAAAAAAUAAAUUAAAAGAAAUGUGUGAAAUUUAAACAAAAAAAAAAGAAUCAUACCCCAUUUUAUGUGCUCACACUUUCAUUGAUGAUUAUUUAGGAAUUAAAAAGAACAAAAGAAAUGAAUUGUAUUGAUAAGACACUCAAUUUCUUCUGUAAAUAAAUUUUUCUCUUUCAAUAAAAUUUCUCAAAUGAAAAAAAUUAAAAUAUUUCCCAAAAAUAAAUUAAACAAAAAAAUACAUGAAAAAUUAAAUUGAAUUUAGAAUGGAGAUGUCAAGAAUGGAGAUUGACAAAGAAAUUGCCAAAAAAGAAAUCCAAGAUGAAAAAAAUUAAACAAUGAGAACAACAUCCACAGAAUCAUUAAAUUUAUAUUAAAAAAAAACUAAAAAUUAAAGAAAUUUUAUCUGAUAGUGUGAGAGAAAGUAAAAUGUAAGAGAAUGAUUCCAAAUGGCCUAAAUGUGGUUCUUUUUGUUUUAUCUCUCAAGUUAUUUAAAUAAAAAAGAAAUGAUAAAAAAUACAUAAAAUAUAUAAAAGAAAAAAUAAAAAAGAAAUAUGAAAGAUUCAAUGAAAUUACUUGUAAAUAGUAAUGUUAACGAGAUACAAAGUUAAUAUUUUAGAAGUGAGUGAAAUUGUGAUUUGUCCAAUUCAGCAGAUACAAAUUUAAAAAUAAACAGAAACUAUUAAAAAAAAA